AUGUCAACAUCAACGUCGUCAUCAUCGUCGGAGGUUCCCUCCUCGCUUGACGGUGCCGUUACUACUGCGAAGAUCACCAGUGGCGAGCCGUCAGUUGCCACUAGGCUCUCCUUUGCCUUUACCAAUUUGCUUGGUCCUACUUACAAUGGUGGUCCGGUAAGAUUCUCUACUAGAGGCUCCUCUUCGUUGUCCCAAGAGGCCCAGCCCCCGCCAUCCCUCCUGCUCUCUACUGUCUCCUCGCGGGUCCAAGUCACUGACUUGUCUAGGUCUAAUCGUACAGCCUGCCUUCCUAUGGAGAUCCGUGGCUCUGCAAUUGCUGCUAUGACGACCUCCCCCGACAACUCGUUGCUGUUUACCGUUGACACCGAUGGUUUUGCGAUGGUCGUGGCCCUGAGUACCGGUCUAGUGCUCCACCGGCUCAACCUCAAAACGAAGACAGUCCGAGCCGCCGAAUUUUCCCCUGAUGGUCGCUAUAUCGCAGUCACUUCUGGAAGGAAGGUCGUGGUGUGGUAUGCCCCAUCAGCGAGAAGUGGCUGGCAGAUGGUGGUGAAGCAUACCUUCGCCGGUCACAUUGACGAGGUCAUGCACCUCAGCUGGUCGGCGGACUCGAACGCCCUAAUCUCUAGCGGCAACGAUAUGAUGGUCCGUGUGUGGAUCCUGGACCACUCUGUGAGCGACAUCCCAUCGGGCUGUCUGGUAGAGCACCAGGCCCCAGUCCGAGGCAGUUACUUUGGCAAGAGCGGCAAAGACAUCUACUCCGUCGCUCGCAACGGCUUCCUACUGCAUUGGAAAGUGGAUGAUAGUGGCGUAUGGGUGCUGCAGUCGAAGAACCAUUUGGAGGCGGUCAAGGGAGGCACCAUCACUGCUGUUGGCUUCGAUGCUUUCAGCGAUAUGCUCGUCAUCGGCCUCAGCCAUGGUAUCUUCGCUCUGUACGAGGUCACGACCAUGGCCCUUCUACAGGAGCUAUCGCUGGUGAGCGCGACCACACUGGGUGGCUCUGCAGGCUGCUCUAUCACCCACGCCGACAUCAGUCCGGGUGGUGACUGGAUAUGCAUCGGCUCGGCCCACGCCAGACAGCUCCUUGUCUAUGAAUGGCGUAGUGAGACUUGGAUACUCAAGCAACAGGGUCACCAUCAUGGGGUCCGCUGCGUGGCCUACUCUCCUCUAGCAGGGAGUACUAAGCCCAAGGCAGGUAGCACGAUCACUGCUGGCCAGAACCACAGGCAGUUGUUGGCCACUGGUGGUAUGGAGGGCAAGGUGAAGCUGUGGGACACUGUGUCGGGUUUCUGCUAUGCUACUUUCGCUGACCACACCUCUACAGUGGAAGGCGUGUGUUUCACACCUACUGGUAACGCAGUGAUAUCAGCAAGUCUAGAUGGCAGUGUGCGUGCGUACGACUCUUUGCGUUACCGCAACUUCAGGGUGAUGACGGCACCGUCCGCUUCGGGCCUGGUACAGUUCACCACCGUCUCUGUGGAUGGAGGAGGAGAUGUCGUUGCUGCUGGUGGCACUAGCGCUCAGGCACCAGGAGCUGUUUACCUCUGGGCACUCAAGACUGGGGACUGCAUUGAUGUCCUCUCUGGUCACGAAGCUCGCGUGUCGGCUCUGGACUUCUGUUGGGAUUCGUCCCUCCUCGCCUCUACUUCCUGGGACAGGACGCUACGUGUGUGGGACGUAUAUGGACGGCAAACCAAGGCUGGCAGCGGGGAGAGCCUCAUCCACCAGGGACAGGUAACGGCCUGUGCCUUUGCUCGGAACACGGAAAAAAAUGUACUGGCCACAGCUACACAGGCGGGCCACAUCUACUUCUGGGAUACAACAGAGGGUAGAGAGAUGGGAGGAAGUAUUGAUGCCAGCAGGGAUAUUGCAGCUGGUCGCGGACAAGGUAGCCGAGCUACUGGUGGUCUCACCAGCGGCAAGAAGGCCCGUCGGGACGGUACUGGCGGUCCAGCAGACAUCACACAAUACUUCACCGAUCUCUGCUUCAGCCCUAAUGGUCAGUGGCUCGCUGCGGUGUGCCCGAGAUCGCCGUAUCUGAUGAUAUACGAUACACGUCUACGAGUACUGCUGUGCCGGACUACUAUGACCUGUGCUCAAGGCAACAUCAUCGGCACUAAAAGGUUCCUCAAUAGCAAGCUGGACCGUGGCACUGACACUGGGGCUGCCUUGGCCGUAGCUGUACAGGACCAAGAAUAUGAAGAGCUAGAGGGGGCGGACCGGAAGAGGAAGAGGAUUACUCAGGCGGAGAGGCUGCCUGGAGUCAAGGCUGGUUACGGCUCCAAACAGGAUUAUCAACUAUGGCGAGUCUUCGGCUUGACCGUAUCUGGUGAUGGUCGGCAGGUCUGUGUGGCUACUAGUCUUGGUGCGCACGUCUUCUCGAGUGACCGCGUCGCUCUUGGUGCCGACACUGCCACUACUGCUCUGAGCUUCACCCCAGUCACGGGUCUACUCACAGAGCGUGUUAAUGUGGAGCAGAUAGUGAAAAUGGUCAAGGACGAGAAUUGGCCAGCUGCCGUGGUCAUGGCUCUUGUCACUGGAGACGCCAAAAUAAUCGAUUAUGUGUUCGACGUUGUCCCAAUGGAUCCUCCGGAUUCGAUAGCAGCAUGCAUCGGGUCUGUCGGGCUCCGUCUCUUACCGACUUUGAUAAGCACUCUCUCUCGGAGGCUUCGGGAUAGCCCUCAUUUGGAGGCCAACAUGCUCUGGGCUCGACUGGCUCUUGAGAUGCAGUACCAAAACCUGGACCGUGAACUUCAUAACUUUGCCGAUGGCAGCGGUACAGAGGCGGGAUCGACACUGAGAGUGGCCCUGGUAGCUCUACUGGAGCAAGUGUUGGCCCAUCGGAAGGCGGCCGAUAGUAUAGGAUGCUUGAUGAGAGACAACACCCAUGCUCUGAUGUACCUGGCCAACGUGCAAGCCUCGAUAGAUGGUUGAGUCCUCUAAACGUUCUAUAACUCACGUCCCUUACCAAC